AUGUCAAAGGGGUGGGAAAUAAACGGUGACUUUGUCGGCGUCGGAGUUACGCUCGAGACAUUUUUCGAAAGCGUCGGGAUCCACCAGUGUACCGUGACGUCGCACCCCGACGGUGGCCGACACGAGUUCGAGGUGACGGUCAAGUACGUCCGGCGGGAGAUUCGGGACCUGACGGACCGGGACCGGGAGACGUUCUUCAACGCAAUGUCGGUGCUGCAGCGUGUGCCCAGCGCCGUCGGGCGUGAAAUCUACGGGGACAAAUACUACAGCAUGGACUACUUCACCCGACUGCACUUGUACGGCGGGGGCGACAAGACCUGCGACCACUGGCACGAGGGGACUGGGUUCAUCAACGCCCACAUGGGGUUUACGCUCAUGUUCGAGCAAGCCCUCCAAGCCGUGAACCCCUCCAUUGCCGUCCCCUACUGGGACUUCACCAUCGAGGGCACUCCGCAUGGCGACUCGACAAGCUUCAGGAGCAGCUCGGUUUUUUCAGACGACUGGUUUGGCACAACGACCCCUGAAAACGGGGCUCGCGUACCCGACAGGGGACGAUUCGGCUUCGUCCCGGUGGCGACGAACGUUACUGAGUACUCGAGAAUCUUUAACGCUUACGGGAUGCUCCGAUCCGAGUGGAACAGCGACUCGACGCCCUUCAUGACACGGUACGACGGCCUGUUCGGGUACCAGAACAACCGCAAGCCGGCCGGGUGCAAGCAGUACAGGGAUGCGUUUGAUCACGAUGACUGGAUGUCCUUGUCGUCGGCCCUGAAGUCCAGCGCCCACGGCCACAUCCACGAGAUCGUGGGGGGGGCGUGGUCCAUGGAGGCCGGCGUCGUCGCGAAGAGGACCACGGAACUGGUCCUCCCUUUCCUGCACGAGAUAUACGCCAAGGAAUUGUGGAGAGCGGACUACUUGGUCUGCCCAAAGUCGUGUUCCUACGAUGUCCCCUGGGUGGAGUGCCAGUGCUCGUGCGACGCCACCGCAUUGUCCGGGAAAAGCCCGCUCGAGGUGCUGAAAGAUGCGGGGCUGCUGUCCGGAUCGUCGUUUUUCUACGACAAACACCUCGAGCUGAUUGAAAAUCUUGAAGCUACACAAGAGGACACCCUCGCGGGCUACACGGCACAAGAGUCCGAGGACAUCUUCCACGAAGCGCUUCGCGUCAUGUGCACCCCUUCCGUGGAAGGAACAUCCUACGAGGCGACCAGCACCAUAGACCCCAUUUUCUGGGUCAUUCACCCCACCAUUGAGAGGCUUUGGCAACUUCGCAGGCUGCAGGACGACGCCUUCGACGACACCUGGGUGCCUUCUGAGUCUGUCUGCUUCGGAAACAACCCGGGCGACGCCCUGCCGCUGCACGACCUCUUUGCAUCAUCCAGGGACGCCUCUCAUUCGGUCUUGGAGGCGUCGUACCCUGCGGGGGUCGGGGGCACGGUGAGGCACGGAGGGGCUAGCAGGGACCAGCACCAGACAGGAGGGGUUGGUUUGAGAGGGGGGCGGGUUGCUGGAGGGGUGGCGUCAUCGCCGAAGAAGUACUACACCAACGCGGAACUGUACCAGCUGCUGGAUCCCAAUGGGGACGAGGUGCCCUACGUCUACGACAACUUCGAAUGGCCUCAUUGUGAUGUGAGUUGAGGUUUCAGGGGGAGGUGUUGUCCUUGUCGUCUUGAUGCCCUCGGAGAGCGCCGGUGAUGUGAUCCGUGAUUUUCAGUUGAUGGUUAGGGUGCCGGUAGUCGUUCGCGUGCUUUUGUGUCUUCGUCGAGACACGCAUAUCGGCUGAGACAAACGGGGGCCCUUUCCAACGGAAAUUCCCUCUUCCAUGGUCGCACUUGGCCAGCAAGGAGGGAGAACGAUGUGUGCGCGCCGAAUGAAAACGCUUCCCAAAACCUUGUUGGCCGGCUGCUUUUCACCACAUCCGUCUCGAGCCUUCGUAGCGGCGUUGUCGUUGUCGCAGUCAUCGCAUAGCGCGCGUUGCAGACAGCCGCAUCAUCUUCAAAAAUGAAGUUAAUGCCGAGGCUUGUGUGCUGUGUCCUCACCCCCGGCCGCUCUCACUUCGAUCUGUUACGCAGGAAAUGGGCAUCCACAUUGGGUGAUGAUGCCGUUCCACCUUUGGCUACAUAAAUCCAACCCUUCUCGCUGCCUCGGCAAGGCUUUGCUUAGACAUGACCCAUAGCGAGGUGAGGGGUCUUUCUAGCGAGCAGGGCUAGACUCACCCUCAAGGGACCGAUACCUUCCACGCGGACGGCAUCGAACCGUGGCGCACGGACAAACAUCUCUUGUGUUGUCAAUAUUUUUUCGUUUUGUUCCUGAAUAUAGUGUCGGAUGUGUGUGAUAACGUCACUGGCNUCUUUCUAGCGAGCAGGGCUAGACUCACCCUCAAGGGACCGAUACCUUCCACGCGGACGGCAUCGAACCGUGGCGCACGGACAAACAUCUCUUGUGUUGUCAAUAUUUUUUCGUUUUGUUCCUGAAUAUAGUGUCGGAUGUGUGUGAUAACGUCACUGGCUUUGUAGAGAGACGCGACAGAGAUGGCGCGGAUAACCCGGGUGCCUUAAUUGUGUACCGGCAUCGUGGACGACCCUUCAAUGUGGAACGGUUCCUAGUCAGUGUCGAUGUUCACACUGCUGUGCCUAACACAGAUGAUCUGGAUAGAUUCGGGGGAUUGUCAAUUGCAAUGAUGGCUUGGGUUGGUUGGUUGUGCUUCAUUUUAUGUCCACGGACUCAUCCUGACAGCACUUCAGACAGCAGCUGCAUGCCCCGGGCUUGUGUACCAUGCACCAUGGUGUUGUUUUUGUACAGACAGCACUUCAGACAGCAGUACGCUGUGGUCGACAAACAUUCGUUUUGGUUGAGUACGGGACACGAGGCGUGAUGCUGCUGCUGUAGUCGAAUUGUAGUGUGUGGGCGUGUAGUUCAGCUGUGAGCACGCAAACGUUCUACAGGGAUUGUGCUCGGGCUUGUGUACCCUUUUCUAGUAGUGUGCGUGUUCUUCAGAUCUUCUGAUGGCUCUAGCAGUUUUGUGACCGCGGACUGAGUCUUUGCUAGAUUAUGGGAUUAGCAACUGGCACGAGUUUUAUGUAAAGAAAACAACAUCGGGAAUAUCUCACCGUUGAGGCCGGAGGGAGCAAGCAGGGGGGACAUAGACCAGGAAGAGCCGUCGAGAGCAGCAACGAUAUCAUGAUGGUUUCGUCCUCUACUUCUACUGGCCGGAUGAUGGACGCGCACGACACAGGAAUAUGAUGUAUGCAUGUCAUGACCGGAUGUUUAUCAACAUGUGAAGUUGCGUGCUGAGACUACUCGGCUUCGGGAAUCACCAGCCAGCUUGAGGUUGGAGGAUCAAUCGUGUGCUUGGGUCUAGAGCUCCCUCAAUUUUGGUCGAGCAGAAAAUGGAUGUAUGGCCGAGGGUGCUUGGUGGAAAGCGCUACUUGAGGCGAGCGCGGAAGAAGUACCUAGCCC